CCGAGACUAUGGUUCAUAUUUACGUAUAAGUUAUUCGAGCGACAUCGUCGACGAAACACGGAUGACUUGCUAGAUUAUGAUAUAAAAGCACAAUGACCUGAUAUGAUUCCUCCAGAUUAUUAACACCUAUGGCAAAUGCCAUCAUGUCUCAAAAUACAUCAAAUAUACAGCCAGGGUCAAGCGCACCCUACAUUUCAAUGGUUAACGGAAAUGAUGAGUGCCUAGAGACGUUCCAACCACUAUCUGAGACACACAUGUCGUCCCAGGAAAUACAACUUAAACUAUCAAGUUCCAACCAGAGCUUAGCCGGGACGCCACCGCCUCGGACGAGAACUAUACACUCGACAGACCGGUCGGAUACUAGAAGCAAUGGAACAAUACCUGCAAAGAUUAGGUCGGAAUCCCCUCAACCAGAUUUACUUUUAGAAAUUGGAGCAUGGGCAAACGUCUCACAAGUCUCGUGUUCAGCCUCUUGACAAGUCUAUUACCAUCCUAGGUUUGAUAUGGAAUUCGAGGUUUAACUAGGUAGACACUAGGAGGCCGGCACUUUUCAUUCGUUUGGUUACC